GGUUUGAGAGUAGUAAAAGGGAAGUUGCAGAGAAAGUGCUCUGGUUAAUCAGCAAGAAAACUCAGUAUUCUACAUUGGCAUUACUUGUUAGUAUCAGGGUUUCGGGUGUACAUUAAUGGAUGAAUCUUCUUAGAUAGAAUCACGAAGAAGAAUGCUCAGUUGAUUAAGGAGCUAAAUUAUUGUCAUGGAUUCAGCACGAAGUUGGUUUCAGAAAUUUCAGCCUAAAACAAAGCCCGUGCCAACAAAAAAGAAGGGAGCAGAUAAUUUAAAAGAUGCAAAUAAUCCUCCUACUGAUGAUGCGCCUUCAAAUGUAACAAAACAAAAAGUAGAAGCAGCUAAGCAGUAUAUAGAAAACCAUUACAAAUCUCAAAUGAAGUGUUUGCAAGAUAGAAAAGAGAGACGGUGGGUCUUGGAGAGGCGACUUGCCGAUGCUGAUGUUUCUGAGGAAGAGCAAAUGAAUAUUCUCAAAUAUUUAGAAAAGAAGGAGACAGAAUAUAUGCGUCUUCAAAGGCAUAAAAUGGGUGUCGAUGACUUUCAACUCUUGACCAUCAUUGGAAGGGGAGCAUUUGGGGAGGUGAGACUUUGCAGAGAAAAGUCUACUGGCCAUGUAUAUGCGAUGAAAAAGCUUAAGAAAUCUGAGAUGCUACGGAGAGGUCAGGUGGAACAUGUCAAAGCAGAAAGAAAUCUUCUUGCUGAGGUUGAUAGUGCAUACAUUGUUAAGCUCUACUGCUCCUUUCAAGAUGAUGAAUUUUUGUAUCUUAUAAUGGAAUACCUUCCUGGGGGUGACAUGAUGACAUUAUUAAUGCGCAAAGAUACUCUGAAUGAAGAUGAAGCAAGGUUUUAUGUUGGGGAGACAGUUCUUGCCAUUGAGUCCAUUCACAAGCACAGCUACAUUCACAGGGAUAUCAAGCCUGACAAUUUGCUUCUUGACCGUUACGGCCACAUGAAGCUUUCAGAUUUUGGACUGUGUAAGCCAUUGCAUUGUAGUAGUUUUCCAAAUCUUAGCGAGAACGAUCAGGGAGUUGGUAGGGGAAAAUCUCAGUUGAACAGUGAUAAUUAUUCUAAGAUGCCUACUGCACCAAAACGAACUCAGCAAGAACAGUUAUUACACUGGCAAAAAAACAGGCGUAUGUUGGCCUAUUCGACUGUUGGAACUCCUGAUUACAUUGCCCCAGAAGUACUAUUAAAAAGAGGAUAUGGAAUGGAGUGCGACUGGUGGUCUCUUGGAGCAAUCAUGUAUGAGAUGCUUGUAGGAUUUCCACCUUUUUAUUCUGAAGAACCUAUGUCAACAUGCAGGAAGAUUGUAAACUGGAGAACUCAUUUGAAAUUCCCAGAAGAAGCAAAGCUGUCUGCCGAGGCUAAAGAUCUAAUUUGCAAGCUCCUUUGCAAUGUUGAACAGAGGCUGGGGACCAAAGGAGCUCAUGAAAUUAAAGCACACCCAUGGUUUAAAGGAUUACAAUGGGAUAGAGUAUAUCAGAUGGAAGCUGCUUUUAUACCAGAGGUCAAAGAUGAGUUAGAUACACAAAACUUUGAGAAGUUUGAAGAGUUGGGGAAUCCAGCACAACCUCCAUCAAAAUCAGGUCCAUGGAGAAAGAUGCUUUCUUCGAAGGACACCAAUUUUGUUGGCUAUACAUACAAGAAUUUUGAGAUUGUCAAUGAGAACCAUAUGCCUGGCAUAGCUGAACUGAAGAAAAAGAGCAACAAACCAAAGAGACCAUCUAUCAAGACAUUGUUUGACACACCAGAUCUUCCUGACCAGCAAGUUCAGGGAACCUUCUCCAACCAUAUGCCUACAACACAAAUGGGAGUCUCAGGUAGCUCUGAGCCAUCACAUCAGUCUAUACCAAUGAGAUCCAAACAACAUCAAUUCAAACCUCACCAAAGAUGACAAUUUUCGUGUUCAAAUACAAUCUGGUUUAUAGAUUUGAAGGAAGCUUUAUACAGUUGCAGGAAUUAUAGAAGGUAUUUACAAAUACUUGCACAUUAAAUUUAAGCUCCUUGUCUUAGUCUUUUGUAAUCUAUAGCUGAGAUGCUUAGUAUGGCUUUUCGAAUCAAUCACCUAGACUAGAGGAAAAGAGUAUAUAUUGGUUUACAUCAGUGUUGUCGAAAAUCAAAGUGGACUUGCAAGUCACACUUCUGUGGAGAUUUAGGCUUCUAGCAACAAAACAUUUGGGUAGACCUUAGAAGUAACUCACAUUUAUUUUCCUUACUAGUGACAUGUAUAGUUUUUUUUUAUUAACAUUUUUUUUGGGUUUAGAAACGCAUUCUGAUGAGUUUAAAACCCUCUUUUUCAUUUGUAAUUGAUGAGAAAGUUGGCAAACUCUCACUGUUGGUUACGUUCUAAAUAUGUUUAUUGUUCUUUAUAUUUUAGUAAACCUCAGUUGGACAUUGGCAUGUAUAUCAAUUAAGAGGUCAUUUCUCCCA